UGUCCACCUCCGGGUUCUAGAAUCUGGAAACCGCACGGGCGUCGGUGCACGGCUGACGCUUGCGGAAAGGGGGCGCUCGGGCUCCUGCCUGGCGGGCGGGUCAACUGGAGACGCUCUACCCGAGGCGCAGCUCUCAAUGAGCCGCGCCCUGCGUCCACACGCCGAGGCGGUGGGGCGAUGCGCUUGCGCACUCGGAGCUCACACCAUAUGUGCCCUGUCCCAGUGCGCGGGUCUGUGGAGAGCCGGGUGCGAGAGGCGGCACCGCGGUGGGGGACGGAGCCGAGCGGAGACCGAAGUCGGCCGGGGGACACUGGGUCUGUGAGAGACCGAAUAGAGGGGCUGGGGCUACGAGCGCCGCUGACACACGAUGGGAAAGAAGCAGAAAAACAAGAGCGAAGACAGGUGCUUAGAAUGUUUGAGAAGCACUCAGAGGACAACUUAAGACAUUUGUGGGUAAAUACCUGGGAGUGGGAUUGCUGGGUCAUAUGUGCCAAGGAUGACAUUGAUCUCGAUGCCUUGGCUGCAGAAAUAGAAGGAGCUGGUGCUGCUAAGGAACAGGAACCUCAAAAGGCAAAGGGGAAAAAGAAAAAGGAGAAAAAAAAGCAAGAUUUUGAUGAAGAUGAUAUCCUGAAAGAACUGGAAGAAUUGUCUUGGGAAGCUCAAGGCAUCAAAGCUGACAGAGAAACUGCUACAGCAAAGCCAACAGAAAAUAAUGAAGAUGAAUUCACCUCAAAACAAGAUAAAAAAAAGAAAGGACAGAAAGGCAAAAAACAAAGUUUUGAAGAUAAUGAUAGUGAAGAAUUGGAAGAUAAAGAUUCAAAAUCAAAAAAGACUGCAAAACCCAAAAUGGAAAUGUACUCUGGGAGUGAUGAUGAUGAUGAUUUUAGUAAACUCUCCAAAAAAGCUAAAGGGAAAGCUCAAAAAUCGAAUAAGAAGCAGGAUGGGUCAGAAGAGGAUGAGGAUAACAGUAAAAGAAUUAAAGAUUGUACGAGAGUACAUUCUUCUGGUGAAAGUGGUGAUGAAUCAGAUGAAGUUUUGCAGUCCAGGAAAGGACAGAAAAAGAAUCAGAAAAAUAAGCCAGGUCCUAAUGUAGAGAGUGGGAAUGAAGAUGACGACUCCUCCUUCAAAAUUAAGACAAUGGCUCAAAAGAAGGCAGAAAAGAAAGAGCGUGAGAGAAAAAAGCGGGAUGAAGAAAAGGCAAAACUGCGGAAGCUGAAAGAAAAAGAAGAGCUAGAAUCUGGUAAAAAGGAUCAGAGUAAACCAAAAGAAUCUCAAAGGAAAUCUGAAGAGGAAGCUGUAAAAUCCAAAGUGACUCUUGAUUCUGGAGCACCUCCUGCCUCUGAAGAGAAAGGAGAGGCUCCCACGGCUGCAGAAGAUGACAAUGAAGGAGACAAAAAGAAAAAAGAUAAGAAGAAAAAGAAAGGAGAAAAGGAAGAAAAAGAAAAAGAGAAGAAAAAAGGACCUAGCAAAGCCACAGUUAAGGCUAUGCAGGAAGCUCUGGCUAAGCUUAAAGAAGAAGAGGAAAGACAGAAGAGAGAAGAGGAAGAACGGAUAAAACGCCUUGAAGAAUUGGAAGCCAAGCGUAAAGAAGAGGAAAGAUUGGAACAAGAAAAAAGAGAAAGGAAAAAGCAAAAAGAAAAGGAAAGAAAAGAACGCUUGAAAAAAGAAGGGAAACUUUUAACUAAAUCCCAGAGAGAAGCCAGAGCCAGAGCCGAAGCUACCCUUAAACUUCUACAAGCUCAGGGUGUUGAAGUGCCAUCAAAAGACUCUUUGCCAAAGAAAAGGCCAAUUUAUGAAGAUAAAAAGAAGAAAAAAACACCACAGCAGCUGGAAAAUAAAGUAUGUGAACCAAUGGAAUUAAGUGCUGCUGUAGAAGUUGUGGAACAAGGAGUACCUGAAAAAGAAGAGACACCACCUCCUGUUGAACCAGAAGAGGAAGAAGAAACUGAGGAUGCUGGAUUGGAUGAUUGGGAAGCUAUGGCUAGUGAUGAGGAGAGAGAAACAGUAGGAAACACGGUGCAUAUAGAAGUAAAAGAAAACCCUGAAGAGGAAGAGGAGGAAGAGGAGGAGGAGGAGGAUGACGAAGAGAGUGAAGAAGAAGAGGAAGAAGAAGGAGACAGUGAAGGCAGUGAAGGCGAUGAAGAUGAUGAAAAGGUGUCAGAUGAGAAGGAUGUGGGGAAAACAUUAGUUAAAAAGCCAAGUAAAGAAGUGAGCUCGGAAUCUGAGUAUGACUCUGAUGAUGAUCGAACUAAAGAAGAACGGGCUUACGACAAAGCAAAACGGAGGAUUGAGAAACGGAGACUUGAACAUAGUAAAAACGUAAAUACAGAGAAGCUACGAGCUCCUGUUAUUUGUGUACUUGGACAUGUGGACACAGGGAAGACAAAAAUUCUAGAUAAACUCCGUCACACGCAUGUACAAGAUGGUGAGGCAGGUGGUAUUACGCAGCAGAUUGGUGCCACCAAUGUUCCUCUUGAAGCUAUUAAUGAACAAACGAAGAUGAUUAAAAAUUUUAAUAGAGAGAAUUUACGGAUUCCAGGAAUGCUGAUUAUUGACACUCCGGGGCAUGAGUCUUUCAGUAAUCUGAGAAACAGAGGAAGCUCUCUUUGUGAUAUUGCCAUUUUAGUUGUUGAUAUUAUGCACGGUUUGGAGCCCCAGACAAUUGAAUCUAUCAACCUUUUGAAAUCUAAAAAAUGUCCCUUCAUUGUUGCACUCAAUAAGAUUGAUAGGUUGUAUGAUUGGAAAAAGAGCCCCGACUGUGAUGUGGCUGCUACUUUAAAGAAGCAGAAAAAGAAUACAAGAGAUGAAUUUGAGGAGCGAGCAAAGGCUAUUAUUGUGGAAUUUGCACAGCAGGGGUUGAACGCAGCUUUGUUUUAUGAGAAUAAAGAUCCCCGCACUUUUGUGUCCUUGGUACCUACCUCUGCACAUACUGGUGAUGGCAUGGGAAGUCUGAUCUACCUUCUUGUCGAGUUAACUCAGACCAUGUUGAAUAAGAGACUUGCACACUGUGAAGAGCUGAGAGCACAGGUGAUGGAGGUUAAGGCUCUCCCAGGGAUGGGCACCACUAUAGAUGUAAUAUUGAUCAACGGGCGUUUAAAGGAAGGAGAUACAAUUAUUGUUCCCGGAGUAGAAGGGCCCAUUGUCACUCAGAUUCGAGGCCUCCUAUUACCUCCUCCUAUGAAGGAGUUAAGAGUAAAGAACCAAUAUGAAAAGCAUAAAGAAGUAGAAGCAGCUCAGGGGGUAAAGAUUCUUGGAAAAGACCUGGAAAAAACAUUGGCUGGUUUACCCCUCCUUGUGGCUUAUAAAGAAGAUGAAAUCCCAGUUCUUAAAGAUGAACUGAUCCAUGAGUUAAAGCAGACACUAAAUGCUAUCAAAUUAGAAGAGAAAGGAGUCUAUGUCCAGGCAUCUACACUGGGAUCUUUGGAAGCUCUACUUGAAUUUCUGAAAACAUCAGAAGUGCCCUAUGCAGGAAUUAACAUUGGUCCAGUCCAUAAAAAAGAUGUUAUGAAGGCUUCGGUGAUGUUGGAACAUGAUCCUCAGUAUGCAGUAAUUUUGGCCUUUGAUGUGAGAAUUGAACGGGAUGCGCAAGAAAUGGCUGACGGUUUAGGAGUUAGAAUUUUUAGUGCAGAAAUUAUUUAUCAUUUAUUUGAUGCCUUUACGAAAUAUAGACAAGACUACAAGAAACAGAAACAAGAAGAAUUUAAGCACAUAGCAGUAUUUCCCUGCAAGAUAAAAAUUCUGCCUCAGUUUAUUUUCAAUUCUCGAGAUCCGAUAGUGAUGGGCGUGACUGUGGAAGCAGGCCAGGUGAAGCAGGGGACACCCAUGUGCGUGCCUAGCAAAAAUUUUGUUGACAUUGGAAUAGUAACAAGUAUUGAAGUAAACCAUAAACAAGUGGAUGUUGCAAAAAAAGGACAGGAAGUCUGUGUCAAAAUAGAACCCAUCCCUGGUGAAUCUCCCAAAAUGUACGGAAGACAUUUUGAAGCUACAGAUAUUAUCGUCAGUAAGAUCAGCAGGCAGUCCAUCGACGCCCUCAAAGACUGGUUCAGAGACGAGAUGCAGAAGAGUGACUGGCAGCUUAUUGUGGAGCUGAAGAAAGUAUUUGAAAUCAUCUAAUUUUUCCACACGGGUCAGGAAUUGGAAUAAAUGCAAAAUGAUGUUGUGAUACUACCAAGAAAAACAAGGCAAAAAAUGGAAUGGACCUAUCUGAAAACUGAUGAACUAAUUAAGCAUAGAAGGAAAAAAAAUAGGCGUAUAAGAUGUUUUCCAUGAGAAACCAAGAAACUUACACUGGUUUGACAGUGGUCGAUUACACGUCCCCACAGCUCCGGCGUGCCUGCGCACUCGUCCACGCCUUUCCCAGUCCUCCUCUACUGGCUGCUGUUUUAAAGGUUGCCCUUCCCCAAAUUUGGAUUUUUAUUACAGAUCUAAAGCUCUUUCAAUUUUAUACUGAUUAAAUCAGUACUGCAGUAUUUGAUUAACCAAGCUUCUGCAGAUUUUCUGAUACUUGGGACUUUUUUGAGGUAAGAAAUACUUAUUUAUGCAUACCCUUCCCACAGUGGUGGUUUUUUUUUUCUUUCCCCCCAUGCGUUCUUCUGCCAUAUGCCCUUAGGAAUUUUUUAAGAUAGAAGAUUAGGCGUUCUGGUAUUUAUCUGCUUUGUGUGAAACCACGGUGUAAAGCAAAACUGGCUGCUACUUACUGCUUGUGUGGUCGUGAGAGUCCACUGUAAUCAGCACAGUUCUGAACUCCAAUAAAGACCCCAGACGUUGACCCGCGAGCUCUGCUAGGCUUCGUGUCAGCGUAGCUGCUCUCCUGCGGGUCUCCAUCCCCGUGCAGCUCGUUCUCUCAGACUGUUUUUAUUAACUAUCGUACCUCGUGUACCAGCACAUGUGAACAUUAGGAAUUCUUAUACCUCCAUCUUGGUCUGUUUUGUCCUAGCAAAUUCCAUCAUGCAUACAUUUUCUGAUGAGACAAUCAAUCAAUAGGGUGUUGAUUACCUGUUUGGACUUAGUGUGAACAUGGAGUUGUUACAGAGGCAUCAUAGUGGUUUCUUCAUAUUAGUCUGAUUGAUUGAAGCUAGUUUCUUAUGGUUUUCCUGAAGAAUGUGGGAAGUGGGUCCCUGAGGUAAGAGAUCUAUUAGCAUCAGAGUAAUUCUUCUGGCAGAUCCCUAAUAUCUGACUACCUAUUUAUAGCACAGUGUUGAAUGAAGUCAGUGUGGGGUGUUGGAAGAAAAUGUUCCUGAGUAUUCACUGGCAUAGAAUUAUAAACUAUUUUUAAAGUGUUACGGCAUAACAUAUAGCAUAGAAAAAUACUUUUAUAUACAUUUGAAAAUCUGGACCAUUCUUCAUUAUGAUUGAAGUUUCUCAAGGGCCAGUAGAGGCAAAGACAAAACCUCUAAACCAUCUGGGGGACAUAAUUUUUCCCAGGAAAAACUUAAUCUUCAAUUGUGUGUGUGUUCUAAUUCAAAAAUAUGUAAAUUCCUCCACUUGGAAGAAGUAAAGAAGAUUUUCUUAA